UCCUGGCCAGCUGGCUGUCUUCACUUCUUUCCCCACCCCUUCCUCCCCUUCAUACCUUUUGGGAUCCCUGAGCCAGCCCCAGGAUCUCAGCCUGGACCAUGCCUCCCAACCUCACCGGCUACUACCGCUUUGUCUCCCAGAAGAACCUGGAGGACUACCUGCAAGCUCUGAAUGUCAACAUGGCUCUGCGGAAGAUCGCCCUGCUGCUCAAGCCUGACAAGGAGAUUGACCAGCAGGGCAACCACAUGACGGUGAAGACCCUCAGCACCUUCCGGAACUACAUUCUGAAAUUCGAGGUGGGAGUGGAGUUUGAGGAGGACCUGAGGAUCGUGGAUGGACGCAAAUGCCAGACCAUAGUCACCUGGGAAGAGGAGCAGCUGGUUUGCGUGCAGAAAGGAGAGGUCCCUAACCGGGGCUGGCGACUCUGGCUGGAGGGACAGAUGUUACAUCAGGAAGUGACAGCACGGGAUGCAGUAUGCCAGUGUGUCUUCAGGAAGGUCAAAUAGCCGGAGAGCAGCUGAGGGCCGCCCUCCCCUCCUGGACCACAUGAGUCCCAGAUUCCUCUUGCCUGUGUCCCCUUCAAGCCCCAGAUGGUCCCAGGUCAGCAGUCCCUGUCCCAGGCCACUUACCCUGCCUCUGUGUCCCCCUCCCCCACCCCAUGUUAAUCUAUAACUUGCAGCCCCCGGGCCAAAGUCCUUUCCUUCUCACAUUCCACUGCCCAAUAGUGACCUCAUAUCCAGCUCAAGGUCUGGCCUCUUGGAUGAGAGAAACACACAAAGGGAAAGGGCCUUUGAGAAUAACGGACUUCCACUCUCUUUCAUUCAUUUGGCCUCUUAUUUUCCGUCUAAGAAAGCACUCAGCUUCAUGCACUGGAGCAUUAGUGGAAACUCCAUCCUGGUGGAGCUUUUGAGAAAGUGACUGGACUCUCAAGAAUCUAAGCAGGAGCUACUGGUGCUCUUGUCCAGUUCCUUGUCCUUCUUCUUGAGAAAUUCCCUGGGCUCAAUAAAACCAGGCCCAAGGCAUGGCCCCAGCCACACAGAGUUCAA